AACGAUUUCAGUCGGUUCACAAUCGGCGUAUAUAUAAGUAUAAAGCUGUAUAAACGAUUCGCACAUUCAAAAAUUUUCGCCCAACUGGUUGCACGCGAAAUCUUAACACCGGGACAUUAUUACAACGUGUCAUAAGAAACGAGCGCAGGAUGAUAAUCCCGAGGAGCGCUCUGUGCCUGGUGAUCCUGGCGAGCGGAUUAUCGUCGGUGGUAUGCGAACAAAAGGUGGAGAAGCCAUUGAUGCCGGAGCUGUCCUUCGUCUUGUCGGGCUUCAGCUUGGAUUGGCCAUGCCAGAGCACGAAGAACAUCUACGAGACGAGCGGGCGUUACAUCCGCAGGAAUAUCAUUGCCACGAGGGCGCAGAUCUACAGGGAAGAUGCGAUCAUAGCGAUGCCGCGCUACAAGCCGGGUGUGCCGUUCACCCUGGGUGUCUUGUCGUUGAAGACGAAGGACUGCGAGCCGAAGGUGACACCGUUCCCCUGCUGGGCGAUCCAGGAAGAGGGCAACUGCCAGGCCCUGCAGAAUGUGGUGGACCUAGUCCUGGACAUCCAAGAGAUCGUGUGGGUAUUGGACGUUGGUAUCGUAAACACUUUGGAGCAACCGGUGCGCAGAUGUCCCCCGAAGGUCGUUGGAAUUGACGUCAAAUCCGGAAAGGUCGUGAAGGUGAUCGAUUUGAGUAACUUGGUGUCCACGGAUGAAACCGAAUGUCCUCGUCUGCAAUAUCUGUCGGUCGACUAUGCGGACGACGGCCAGGUAUACGUAUACGUAACCGACGCCGCCUCCAAAGCCAUUAUCGUUUACAAUGUCACCGCGGAGAAAGGAUACCGAGUGAUCCUUCCGAGCCGUCACCACCGGAGUCCAACGGAGAGACGUCCUCUACUCGACGCUGGUGAAGCAGCGACGGUCCGGUGUUGUAUUUCUCUUAUCUGAUCCAACAAACUCUUCGCCAUCAAGGCCGAGAAUCUGAGACAGGGCCUCACUCAAGGAGCGGUCGUGGAGGUCGGGCGGAAGCAAAACAAGAUCGUUCUCCUCGGAUCCGACAAUGGCUGCGGCAUUUUCUUCAGAAAUAAGGGCGAUUCCACUAUUUACAUGUGGAACACCGAGACACCCUUCGUUCCGGAGAACUUCCUCCUAGUGCAGAAGGCCAACUGCUGCCGUUUGCCGACUCAAGUGGUACCUGGUUACAAGAGACUCAUGUGGGUGAUCGAGAGCAACUUCCAGGAUUAUAUACAGAACACCGUGAGCUGCUCGGGCGCCUCCGUGAGCAUUCAUCCCUUGGUCAAGUCUUGCGACGACUAGGAACCAUUCGAUAUGACGAGAAUUAUAUAGAGCGAUCUUUUAUUAUAUAAUUCGAAAACUCACAAGCAGGAACUGAAAUUGGUAAUUUUAGAAAUUUUAUUUCACGUUUCGAUGCAUUCAGAUACAUGAGAAACAACGAGCAAUGGAGAUACGACGAUUAGUAUAAAGUACAUUUUUCCAUUAUUCACAGCAUCUAAAUUUAGCAAAAAUCUAUUUAGAGUAUAGUUUCUACUUCUACAAAUCGAACAAUCAAAUUUCUUUGCGGCAAAGUGAUGAUUAUCAAAACAUACAACGUUUCUUAAUAUAUGCGACAUUAAUUAUUCCAUUAAGUAAAGUAUUCGGUUGCCGUUUAAAUUAAAAAAAAAAAAGAGAGAUAGGAAGAUCAAAUUCUAUUUUGUCGCUGAUCUAGUCAUGUAACCGGCAGCAUCUUGCGCCUUGAUCCUCGUAGAUAGCAAGUUUAAUUUACGAAUAUUAUGUCGAUUAAUGUGAGCGUUGGAACAUUUCUUUUAAUUGCAUAUAGAUAAUUAGAAUUGAUAAUUGACAAUGAUUACUUUUGCCACAAUUAAUGUUAUUGUGACUGACACAGAGAAUUCACCUAUUAUACUCUAAGAUUGCAUAUUUGGACGAGUUGACCAGUGUAGAAAAUUUCUAUCGAUGUUUAAAUCGAUAUUGCCGGCACGUAACUGCCGGUUUUCAAGGCAAAUUUUAAAAUCUUACAAUUAUUCAACUGCUCAACAAUCGAAAAAAGUGAUUUAUUGACGAAAUAUGUAUAAUUGAUCAUAAUAUCUGUAAUUAUUAUGUAAGUGUGACCAAACGGCUAAUAAACGCCAAGCUUAUGUAAACG